UGUGAUGGAGAGAAAUAAUUAACGAGGAAAAACAUACAUAUACUCCAUCCGCCCUAUUUUAAUUGUAGUUGCGGAUUUCUGUGUCGAACGUUUGGCCGUGUGCGGUAGUAGACAAAGAGAGGGAGAAGCAUAAUAUGUCGACGCUGAUAAACAAGGAUCCAUCCAUAUAUGCUAAAAAAUGAGCACACUAUAUAUCGUCUACUACCUAGUAUAGAUCGAUCCAGAUGCAACUUAUGCUUCAGCUGCAAAUGCUAUCAAGGCAAUAAUACAUAUACACACUACUACUACUACUACAACAUAAUACUACUAUACUAGAUAGGAGGAGGAGGAGCAGCAACAGAUCAAUCUGCCUCCAGAUUUGAGCAAGAGGCUUUGCUUAAUUUGAUCUCCAAGCUAGCAAAGCAAAGCAAAUCUCAAGGUGUUUAAUUUCAGUGGAGAGAGAGACGACAUGGAUGACUCGAGCUUCUUCAUGCAGUGGGCGAUGGACACGCUGCACCAGCUCCCCUCCGACUCCACCGCCGCCGCAGCCUACGCCACUGACGUCGCCGGCGACAGCGGCGCCUUCCCGUCGCUGCAAGCUCUCCGCAACGCCUCGGCGGCCGGCGGCGGCGGCGGAUUCCGGGACCUGACAGUGCAGGUGGACCAGGUCCACCGCGCCAACAGCUGGAGCUCCAGCGACAGCCCAGGCGGCGGCGCUGCCACGGCCGCCGCCGGGUGGUCCCCGCAUGUCACCGGCGGCGGCGGCAGGGGGCACAGGCCGAUGAGCUGGAACUUCAGCGCGGCGUCGGCGCAGCCGACCACCGAGGAUAGCGGCGGUGGAGGCGGCGGCGGAGUAGUUCCGGCGCCGCUGCAGGCGAUGGAGACUACCGCGACAGCGAGAGCGGCGGUGAAGAAAGGAGGAGGCGGCGGGUCGUCGUCGUCGGCGGCGGCGCCGGGAUACGUGCAGGACCACAUAAUCGCGGAGCGGCGGCGGCGGGAGAAGAUCAACCAGCGGUUCAUCGAGCUCUCCACCGUCAUCCCCGGCCUCAAAAAGAUGGACAAGGCGACCAUCCUCGGGGACGCGGUGAAGUAUGUGAAGGAGUUGCAGGAGAAGGUGAAGACGCUGGAGGAGGAGGACGGCGGCGGGCGGCCGGCGGCCAUGGUGGUGAGGAAGUCGUCGUGCUCCGGCCGGCAGUCCGCCGCCGGCGACGGCGACGGCGAAGGGCGGGUGCCGGAGAUCGAGGUGCGGGUGUGGGAGAGGAGCGUGCUGGUGCGGGUGCAGUGCGGGAACUCGCGGGGUUUGCUGGUGAGGUUGCUGUCGGAGGUGGAGGAGCUCCGGCUGGGCAUCACCCACACCAGCGUCAUGCCAUUCCCGGCCUCCACCGUCAUCAUCACCAUCACCGCUAAGGUGGAAGAGGGAUUCAAUUCCACAGUGGAUGAGAUCAUGAGGAGGCUUAACUCAGCACUACUGGACCAAUACAAUAAUGGUAGUGUUGAAGAAACAGAUCAAGAAAUAAGAAGAGAGUAGCUAAAUUAAGAAGAAGAAGAAGAAGAAGUUUGGUCGAUCUCAAGCUAUAGCAUGCACCCAUGCACGCAUGUCUCUAUCCAAGUGAACACAUCUGAGCAUGCAAAUUAAUUAAUCCUCUUAUCUUUGAUGCAUGCAUGGUACUUGUGGUGAGGAAUCUUAUAUCGACUAUAAAAAAAAAACUCUGGAGAUCAGACGACAAAACUUAUGGUGAGGAAUUCCUCGUCAAGCACUCGUGCAUGAUCUACUAGCUAGUUUCACAUCACAUUCAUGAUAUGAUCGGCCGGCAUAUAUAGCAAAAGCACUGUGAGGUAAAUGGUGAUGAGGUUGAUGCAUGGUGACGAGACUUUACUUUAUCAACCAUGCACUGCACAGCCAAUACAAGCUGCAAAUUUUGGUCUUAAUUUACUUGAUGUUUGUUGAUCAAUCCAAAUCAUUAAUUCAAGAAGAAACCAAAAUGAUCUUUUGUUUGCA